UUAAAUCAAAACCAUCUGUUGUGUCCCGUAUUGAAACGGCUGUACAGGCCGCGUGGACUUGAAAACUUCAAUUUCCCCCGUACAAGACUACAGGGUGAACCGUGUGGGUUGACACGGCAUGCACUCACGCCACCGCGUUUCCACCCUCCCACCCCUCCCCCGCAGAUGCCGCACGGCUGGAUUUACCGAUCCCACUUCUGCCAGCGUCCCGGUGCGGAUGGCUUCGACCACGUGGAGACAUCAGCAUCGUCGUCGUCAUCAACAUCAUCAUCAUCAGCAUGCUGCCAGGCUCCGAGCGUUCUUCGCAUCCAGGCCUAGUGUGGUCGCUGCGUCGGCGGUACGAGCAGCUCGGCACGUGCACCGCCCCGGCUGCUCCCGGUGACGCCGCGGGGGUGAACGCCCGUCCCAAGGUCCCUCGCGAGGUGCCAGCGAGAGGUGGAGGUGGACGUGGCGACACCGGCCGUGAAGGGAACGCCGGCGUGGCAGACUCAGCCGAGCCGCUGGGAUUUCCACGGCGGAUCGGGGCUCCGGAUCGCCGCUGCCUCGGGCAUCCGGCGGAUCGUUGCCGGCGCCUUGAAGAUUGUCAUCGCGGCGACCGUUUCCCACCGAGCGGACCUUGCCGCGGGCCGGACAUGAAGGCCGGCGGCCCGCCGCGCAGCGCGCUGUGGGGGACGGCGGGAUGUGGAGCGGCGACGGCCGCUGACGACAAGAAGGCCGAGCCGCCGGUCGCGACGGCCGCGGAAGACGACGAGAAGUGGCGGCCCUCGAAGGCUCCGCCGGGCCCAAGAGCGGCCUACCUGAGGCCCGCCCUCAGGCCCAAGCCUGCGCAGCUGCCGGAGGCCGCGGCGGUCAACGCCAAGGCUCCUCCGGAGACGACGACCCGGGACAACGCCCCCCGGAAGUCCUCGUUCAUGUUCGACGGAUUCCCGUCCCCCUGCCGGGCGCCCUGCCGCGCCGCUCUCCCCUCGCUAGGCCCACAGCCUGCCGGCGGGCCCACCCGGCGCGACGGCGCUCGGCCCUGCCGCGGGCUCCGGCGCGGACCGUCGGACGAGGCUGACCGGGCCGGCCACGGCACGGGGACGAUUGCGAACGGCCCGGAUGAUGAUGAUGAGGAGGAGGACGCGGAAGAGGAGGAGGUGGAAGAGGAGAGGCUUAAGGGCCCCGGCGGGGCAACUGGGCCUCUGGCCAAGCCGCCGAGGUCGCUGGCCCUGAGGGGACGCGUGACGGUGGCCGACACCAAAGUUGGGCACGACGCGUCGCCCUCAUCAUCAUCCUCCUCCUCCUCGUGCUGCACGGUUUCCUCGCUCUCCUCGCUCUCGGCGACGUCAUCGUCGACGUCAUCGUCGGCGUCACCGGCGGCGUCAUCGGCGGCGUCAUCGGCGGCCGUGGCAACAGCAGAAGGGCCGUCGGUGAUGUCAUCAUCAUCAUCAUCAGCAGCAGCAGCAGCGGUCUCAAUAGCAGCGACUUCGGCGCCAAAGUCCUUGUCGUCGUCGUCGGCGUCAUCGUCAGUGUCAGCAUCAGCAGCGGCAUCAUCAGCAGCGGCAGCAGCAUCAAUAGCAACAACCUCAAAUGGAGCAUCUUCAAAAUCAUCGUCAUCGUCGUCUUCGUCAACUAUGGCGUCAGCUACGGCAUCAGCAGCGGCCGCAAUAUCAGCAUCAUCAGCAGCGGCAGCCUCAAGAUCAUCAUCAUCAGCAGCAGCCUCAAUAUCAGCAUCAUCAGCAGCGGCAGCGGCCUCAAUAUCAUCAUCAUCAUCAUCAGCAGCAGCAGCAGCGGCCUCAAGAUCAUCAUCAUCAUCAUCAGCAGCAGCAGCAGCAGCGGCCUCAAGAUCAUCAUCAUCAGCAGCAGCAGCAGCAGCAGCCUCAAUAUCAGCAUCAUCAGCAGCAGCAGCGGCCUCAAGAUCAUCAUCAUCAUCAUCAGCAGCAGCAGCCUCAAGAUCAUCAUCAUCAUCAGCAGCAGCAGCGGCGGCGGCAGCCUCAAUAUCAACAUCAGCAACAGCGGCCUCAAUAUCAUCAUCAUCAGCGGCAGCAGCAGCAGCAACCUCCUCCUCCUCUUCAUCAUCGUCGUCAUCCUCCUCCUCCUCAUCCUCCACCACCUCGUCGCGUUGCCGUGGCGACGCCGCGUUCGACGAGGUGAGCGCCACCGUGCGCCUGCCCCGGGUGACCUCGGCUGCCGAGAGGGCGCGCAGGUUGGCCGGGGUGAGGGUCGCGGGGGUCAACCACGUUGGGGUCAACAGCAAGGUCAACAACGUGGCGGGGGUCAACAACGUUGGGGUCAACAGCGACGUCAAGGUCAACAACGUGGCCAGGGUCAACAACGUGGCAGGGGUCAACAGCAACUUCAAGGUCAACAACGUGGCAGGGGUCAACAGCGACAUCAAGGUCAACAACGUGGCGGGGGUCAAUGACGUUGCGGUCAACGACGACGACGGGGUCAAUGACGCAGAGGUCAACAACGUUGCAGGGGUCAAUGUGAGCCCAGCGAGGAGGAGACCUCGAAGGACGAGCAUCGACCGAAGUCGUCUGCCGCCUCCUCCACCUCCUCCUCCUGGGACUCCUCCGUCCAGCGUCACCUCGUCGCCCGUCACCGCCAACCCCACCACCUCCACCUCCUCCUCCAAGGGAUCGUCCUCCUCGCCCAUCUUCUACUCCUCCACCUCCUCCACCUCAACCACCACUUCCUCCACCACCAAGAUUGGCCCGAACUCAUCCUGCAACUCCUCAGCGUCCACCUGCUCGCCCAUCUACUCGGCCGUCGCCAACGCAGUCGCCUCGUCCACCAUCUCCUCCUCCACCUCCUCCACCUCCUCGCCCAUCUACUCGGCCAUCCCUAAGGCGGUCCCCUCGUCCACCAUCUCCUCCUCCACCAUUUCCACCUCCUCCACCGCCUCCUCCUCCACCUCCUCCUCCACCUCCUCCACCAUCUCCGCCUCCACCUCCUCGCCCAUCUACUCGACCAUCCCCAAGGCGGUCCCCUCGUCCACCACCUCCUCCACCAUUUCCACCUCCUCCUCCGUCACCUCCUCCACCAUCUCCGCUUCCUCUGCCACCUCCUCGCCCAUCUACUCGACAGUCGCCGAGGCGUUGCCGUGGUCCACCUCGUCGCCCAUCUAUGCCGUCGUCACCCGAUCCUCCUCCUGCCGCGUCGCCCACAAAGCCGACGACGACGACGUGUCGGCUGCCCCGUCGAAGGUGAAGAACGUUGAGCGGGCCACGCCGGGGUCUCCCUUGGCGCCGGCAGCGCCGCCGAAGAAGCCGCCGCGCCGGGCGGUGGAGGACGCGGGGAAGGCCGGCGCCUCCGGCCGCGAGGAGCCGGGAGCUUUGGCGACGUACGCCGCCGUGAACCCGUCGGGGAGGAGGGGAGACGCCCGCUACAGGACCAUCGCCGUCUGCUCCUCCGAUAUCGCGACGUUGCGUGACAAGCUGGGAGCCGGCUCUUCCUCCCCCUUGCCGAGCCCCUCGUUGGCGGCGAGGGUGCGACACCGGGCCGCGUGCCGUGCCGAGCCGGGGGACCCCCCCGCCUCCUGCGCUGCGGAAACCCGGGGGGCCUCCACCGUGGGGGGCCCGGCGGCCCCCCGAUCUGGGCCGCGCCAGCUGCUGUCGUCGCUGCGCUUGGACCUGAUGGAGAUGGUGACGGCGCGGAUCGGCGCCCUGGGGCGGCACGGGAAGGCCGCGGCGGGAGCGCCGCCGCAGGCCGCAGAGCGAGUGGCCCCCCUGCGGCCACCGCGCCCCCAGUCGGCGCGUCCCAGCGAGUGGCGCUGGUCACAGCCGGCGGAACUGUGGCACUCCAUAGCGGCACCGCUACGCAGCCGCAAGCAGGGCACCGGCGGUGGUGGUGGUGCCGGUGGCGGUGGUGGCGGUGGUGGUGGCGGUGGUGGUGACGUGGUCCGGGCAUCGUCGUUUAACCGCGCCGUGCGCGGGGCGUCCGUGGAGGGAGGGGUGGACACGGCACCCCCAGAGUCACCCCCUUCCCCAACCCUCCCAGAAAGCCCCGGUGACUCCAGCCGCACUCCGUCUCCCGAACCGGAUCCGGCUCCCGGCAGACAAUCUCGCUACCUCCUCUCCGAGCCGCUGUACCAGCGCUACCGCGAGACCACCGCCAGCCGGGAGAUCGGGCGCCAGCGCCGCGCCCCGUCCUUCAACAAGCGCGACUCGGCGCGGCCCGGCACGGGCUCGGCACAGCCGACGGAACCGCCGCGACCCCUGCCGGAACCGCCCACGGGCCCACCGCCGGUGCUGCCGAUACUGCCGGAGCCGCCGACGGUAUCGGCAGCGCCGGCGUCGGCGGUAUCGGCAUCGGCGGUAUCGGCAUCGGCGGUAUCGGCAGCGCCGGCGUCGGCGGUAUCGGCGUCGGGGGUAUCGGCAUCGGCGGUAUCGGCAUCGGCGGCAUCAGCGCCGGCAUCGACGGCAUCGACGGCACCGGCACUUUCACCGGCACCGGCAUCGGCGGCACUUGCACCGGCACCGGCGCCAUCGGCGGCUGCACCGGCGGUAUCGGCGGUGGCGCCGACGGUGGUGAUGGUGCCGGGUCCUGGCGCCACGUCGACGCUGUGGCAGGAGCUGGCGCACGUGCGGGAGAGCGGCCUGCUGGAGAAGCUCAGCAGCGACGACAUCAAGCGGCAGGAGGCGCUCUUUGAGCUGGUCAUCUCGGAGGCGUCGUACCUGCGCAGCCUGUCGCUCGUCAGCGACGUCUUCCUCUCGUCGGCCGCCCUCGCCGCCGCGAUGGAGCCUCGCGACCACCGCGUCCUCUUCUCCAACCUCGCCGAGGUCAAGGAGGCCAGCGCCAGGUUCCUGCUCGAGCUGGAGGACCGUGUGGACGAGUCUCCGCUCAUCGCUGACGUGUGCGACAUCGUGCUGAGCCACGCGCAGCGCGGGUUCCGUGCGUACGUCCCCUACGUGACCAACCAGCCCUACCAGGAGCAGGUCUACCAGCGCCUCAUGCAGGAGAGUGCACACUUUGUGAGUGUGGUGUCGCGCCUGAUGGAGGACCGCCGCUGUGAGCGCCUCCCGUUCACCUCGUUCCUGAUUCUGCCCUUCCAGAGGAUCACGCGCCUCAAGCUGCUCGUCGAGAUGUGUCACCUGUGGAUGUGUCACCUGUGGAUGUGCCACCUGUGGAUGUGUCACCUGGGGAUGUGUCACCUGUGGAUGCCUCACCUGUGGAUGUGUCACCUGCGGAUGUGUCACCUGUGGAUGUGCACCUGUAUGCCUCACCUGUAA